AUGCGACAUGAACCCAACAAAGCAAUUAUGUUUCGUUCGGAGAAUUUCCUUCAAUUAUCGCCAUCCAACGAUGUGCUAAGAAUUACUGAGGAGAAAGGUAAUACAAAAAUAGAAUACGAUGUGAAAGUUGAAUGUGGGAAGAAUUACUAUGGACAGGAAUGUGCCAUUUUCUGUAAUCCGAGCAUCGGAAGUUUUCAUUUCAAAUGUUCAUCGGAUGGACGACGUUUAUGCGAAGAUGGCUGGAGUGGACAAAAUUGUAAUGACCCAAUUUGCGCUAAUGGUUGUAUUAAUGGAUAUUGUGUUUCACCUGGAAUAUGCAAAUGUCGUAAUGGAUGGCAAGGUAAUAGUUGUGAUCGUUGUAAACCACAGGAUGGUUGUAAAAAUGGUUAUUGUAGCAAACCUAACGAAUGUAUUUGCGAGAAGAAUUGGGGUGGAACAUAUUGUGACAGAGAUUUAGAUUAUUGCUUUCAUAAUUCUCCAUGUUUGAAUGGCGGAAAAUGUUCAAGCGGAGGAUUACAAAAUUAUUACUACUGCAACUGUACGAAUGGUUUUGGUGGACAAAAUUGUGAAAUUAAGUUGGAUCCAUGCGCUAAAGUAAACUGUGGCAAAUACGGUCAAUGCAGAGCUUCAUGGAAUUCGGAAAGGAAAUAUCUGUGCUACUGUGAUGUGACUCAUUACGGUGAUCAUUGUCAGUAUCGGAUGGAUGAAAGUAAUCCAAUGGAUAUUCAUUUUCAACGUUCAUUUCAACCAGAAAGUUGCAAAUUAUCGAAUUCGGAAUCCAUGCCAGCUGGAUUUAGUUGGACUACUGUUGAUUGUCGACAUUGCAUAUGCCAAAAGCACUGUAUUAUUGUUACGGAAGAUGAGUGCCUGAAAGAUAAAUGUGAUUAUCCACGUGGUCGUUGCCUUUCUUGGCUACAAAUAAACAGCGAAACAGCACGGCGCAUUUGUCGUGAACGUUUGAAUGCUGGUGAUCAAAAUACGCAGGGAUGCGCACGAAUGUAUCUCGAAUUUGAUAUCGACAAUUUACUACCGGGGACAACAUCGGGCGACGUUUGCUUUCAUUUGCUGUUAGAUGCCAAUGCCGCAAAUAUCACACAUAUUGGAUUCGAUUGCAAGCUAAUAUCGACUAAUACAGUACAAGUGAAUAUUAUCUCGCUACAAUUUUUAAUGGACGUUACGAUGAUGAAAGAUUUCCUGAAGAAUCGUAUUCUCAAUCGUCUAACCACCAGCAAGAUACUUGCUGCAGUUGUUAAGAUUAACGAUAGUGAUAAUCAUGAUAGAAACGAACAUCCCAUGUUGAAUGCUAUUUUAACACUUCGAAAUUCCGCGAUAUCGCCAACGACCGAUUUCACAUCGUUAACAACCAAACAAGUGCUCAUCAUAAUUAUUUGCCUUAUGUUGCUGAUAAUUCUCGUCCUCCUAAACAUUUCCAUUAUGAAGAAUCCUCAUUUUUGCGCUCGGGAACGUUUUGAAGAGCAUUGUUCUGCAACUGAACCGUUCGAUUCGGGAAUUGUUGAUCGUGAACUGGAAGAAAAUGAAAAUAAUUCAAGGAUUUUAGAACAACGUCGAAUGAAAUCGAAAUUACAAAUUUUACACGAAUCACAAUCUGACAAUUCCAUCUUAAAUCCAAUACGAUUACAGUUAACUGGUUGUAGGGUACAGAAAGACUGCGAUGAAGAUCAAAUUUGUGAUGAAAAGAGAUGUAUUCCGGAUUUACAGCCCGUAUUGGCAAUGAAAGAAUCAAAAAAACAAUCUCCAUAUUGUUACACUAAUUAUCACUGCAAAUAUUGGCAGAAAUGUUUGAAUGGUGUAUGCAUGCAAAAUUUCGGAUCUCUACCGAGGAUGGGUAACUUGGAGGGACUGAUAGCGCCCUCAUCCAGCUCAAAACCCGUCAUGCGAGAAAAAAUACCAUACCUGGAAACCCAUGAGACUGCAUUUGAAACGCCGAAGAAAGCAACAUCUGAAACGGCAAAUAAAACGUCAUUCGAUGCACCACGUGAAGCAACAUUUGAGGCGCUGAAUGAAACGACAUCUGGUGCGGUGGAUGAAACAAGAAAUCAAGAGUUAGGGGUGACAGUAUCUCUUGUAUUGGAUGAAACAGUUCCUCAGAUAGCAGAUGAAGAGAUAUCCCAAGCAGUGGAUGAGACGCAACUUCAGACAUCUACUGAGACACAACAAUAUGCAGAGUCAAUGCGGAUUGCACAACCAACGAAAUUUGUAGAGACAGGAAAUGUAUACCCGUGGAUUGGCUUCCAAAUACCAUUGCGUGUGCGAAUGAUAGUCAAUGUAAUGUUCAACAGCUUUGCGCAGUUGAUGGAUAUUGUGUUCUCGAUCCGUCGUUCCCAAAAUUUGGCCCAAGAUGUGACACCAAUAAAGACUGCAAAAAAUCAGGAAUUUGCCGGAAUGGACGCUGUUAUAUUUCCUAUCCUUAUACAAAGUGCAGAACCAAUGAGCAAUGCGCAAUUGACGAAAUUUGUGUUGUGGCAGGUUACUGCGUUCCGGAUCCGCAUUCUAAACUGCAUGGAGCAGGUCCACGGUAGUUUCACAUUUACAGAGGGAUCUGAUUACUGUGCUAAAGUAGAUGCAAAUUUGGUUACAAUCAGAGAUAUUCAACAAGCAAAUUAUGUAAAUUACAUGUAUAAUGCGGGUGGAAAUGGCACGUACUGGAUAGGUCUACUCAAAGACAUCAAUGGCAUUUUUAAAUGGCAAAGCGGUGAAUCGGUGAUUUACACCGACUGGGAGAAAGGAAAGCCGGAACCGCGGAUAGGAUGUGUGAUUGCGGAUGUCACGAAAUUUGGUGGGAAAUGGUUCAUAACUGAUUGCAUUGAAAUAAUGUCUCCGGAUCAGGGAUUCAUUUGUGAGAAGGAUGUCCACAGGAUUUAG